CUCUUCGACUUCAGUUUAUGAUUAGGAAAAAGAGGUGCUGGUGGAGGGGGGACACAGUGUCGUGGUCGUGCGUUCCUAUCCGUGAGACCGACGCGUUUCCAAACGUCUUGACGCGCGUUUUUUCCCUCAUUUAACCAACCUGGGUACACAGAGUCUUGGGAUAAAAAAACGACUGACGGCUUUUCCGUCUUAUUCCAAAAACUGUCAUAAACCGCGAUGAUAAGUUUCUGAUAAAGGACGCCGAGUGUCGAAUCACGUCAAACAGAGUACAAGUAUUGAAGAGGAGAAAGUUCCCCACUUGAGGGCGAAAUCAGACUUUUUGAGGACGCCAAGUUUGAAAAGUGCCAGGAGCCCCGAGGUCUGUCAGAUACAACAUGCAGCAAUGUCCAAGGAGGCAGAGUUGGAUGUGAGAGACAGCGAGCGCGACAGAGACCCACCAGAGCCCAGCACAGAACCAGAAGCAUCCAGGCCACCUCCAGCUAAGAGUAACAGCACAACGGGCACCACCGGCACCACCGGCAGCACCAGCGUUUAUACUAGCAUCCCCUCCAGUAGCCACAGUAGCAGCAGCAGCAGCAGCAGCAGUAGUGGUCUGGGUGGCAUUAGCAUUGUUAGCCGCAGCGCUGAGGGAGCAGGCGAAAGCUCCAUGCAGUUCAGCACCAGACCGCCUAGUGCUGAGCAGCCGGGCUUCAUGGGGACAUGGCAGCAGCAGAGCACUGACAGCAACCUCCUCUUCAGAAUGUCCCAGCAGGGUGCUGUAACGCGGCUUCCUUUGAAGUGCGACAGGUCGACUAUGGGCCGAGACCUGGAAGAGGCCAUUCGCUGCACUCUGGUGAACUGCACGUGUGAGUGUUUCCAACCAGGGAAGAUUCACCUACGAACAUGUGACCAGUGUAAACAUGGCUGGGUGGCUCAUGCUCUGGACAAGCUCAGUACCCAGCACCUGUACCACCCAACCCAGGUGGAGAUUGUUCAGUCCAAUGUGGUGUUUGACAUCAGCAGCCUGAUGCUGUAUGGGACCCAGGCCGUACCCGUCAGGCUCAAGAUCCUCCUCGACCGCCUCUUCUCCGUGCUCAAGCAGGAGGAGGUGCUGCACAUCCUGCACGGCCUGGGCUGGACGCUCCGAGACUACGUCAGGGGCUACAUCCUGCAGGAUGCUGCAGGGAAGGUGCUGGACCGCUGGACCAUAAUGUCCCGAGAAGAGGAGAUCAUCACCCUGCAGCAGUUCCUGCGCUUUGGUGAGACCAAGUCCAUUGUGGAGCUAAUGGCCAUUCAGGAGAAGGAAGGUCAGGCAGUUACAGUUCCCUCCUCCAAGACAGACUCCGGGAUUAGGACAUUCAUUGAGAGCAACAACCGGACCCGCAGCCCGGGGCUAUUGACACAUCUGGAAAACAGUAGCCCAUCCAGCAUCCACCACUUUGAGAACAUACCCAACAGCCUCGCUUUCUUGCUGCCCUUCCAGUACAUCAAUCCAGUCUCUGCCCCCAUGCUGGGCUUGCCUCCCAAUGGUCUAUCAAUGGAGCAGUCUGCCCUCCGGCUCCGUGAGCCCAGCCUGCCCAAUCAAGGUGAGCAGGUGGAGACCAGUGAGUCUGAAGUGUCCCUUUCACCCUUCCGCACAGGCCAGAGCCCCAGCCGUGGAGCCCUAGGACCCAUGAACAACAAUAUUGAGCCCAAAACAGAGCCCAGCACCCGAGCAUCGCCCAUCUCACCAACUCCUUCCACACAGCAGGCUCAACAACAGCAACAACAGCAGACACAGCUCCAGCAACAUCAGCAACAGCAACAACAACAGGGUCCACAGCAGCCUCAGAGUCAACCUCAGCAGCCCAACAGCCUGAGUGACCAGGUGCACCACCAUUUUGUGAAGAAUGAGCAGCCUAAGACCAUCACCCACUCCUCCUUUUCCUCCAAGAUGCAUCGCAUGCGCCGCAUGGGGGCUACUUCACGCAAGGGUCGUGUGUGUUGCAACUCUUGUGGCAAGACCUUUUAUGACAAAGGCACUUUGAAGAUUCACUACAAUGCUGUGCAUUUGAAGAUUAAACACCGCUGCACCAUUGAGGGCUGCAACAUGGUCUUCAGCUCACUGCGCAGCCGCAACCGCCACAGUGCCAACCCCAAUCCACGGCUGCACAUGCCCAUGCUGCGCAACAACCGAGACAAGGACCUCAUCCGUGCCAAUUCAACUACCGGUACACCUGUCAUCUCCAGCACCAAGAGUGGCUUCACUCUCACCAGCCCUGGAAGGCCACCACUGGGCUUCACUACUCCACCCCUAGACCCAAUGCUUCAGUCACCCCUGCAAAGCCCACUAGUUUUCCCCUCCCUGAAAUCAGUGCAGCCAGUCCAACCAGUGCCCCCAUUCUACCGUACACUACUGUCCCCUGCAGACCUAGUCAGUCCUCCAGUAUCACUGCCCACCAGCCCUAUCCUGCCCACUACCACCAACAGUACCACUUUAAUGGACCAACAGCAGCAGAUCCUGGCUGCUGCAGCUGUGGCCUCCCACAAUAACAGUGUUCAUGUGUCAGAGGCUGGACCCAUGUCCCACCGCUUGCCUACGCCUUGUGCCAAUCAGGAUCACACCACAGCUACCGGUGACCCCACCCCCAAGAAGAAACCUCGCAAAUCUAGCAUGCCAGUGAAGAUAGAAAAGGAGGUGAUUGAUGUGGCUGAUGAGUAUGACGACAAAGACGAAGAUGACGAUGACAUUCACCAUCAUCACCACCACCACCAUCAGUCAUCCCUUCUUCACAACAAUGUUAAGAUUAAUGGAAAUUGUAACAGCAACAACAAUAAUGGCAGUGGUAAUGGUAACCACAGUGGUGGCAGUGGACAGCAGUCCCCCUCCCAGGAUGAGAUGAGCCCAGGCCUGGCUCUGAGAGGGAUGAUGAGGCACAGUGAAGAUGAGUGCAGGGAAGGGCAUGGUAAUGAGAGUAGGGUUGGAAAUGAUCUUCGAGGCUCUGGUGAGCUCCGCUGCAUGGACAGCUUCACUUCUGAGGACCAGGAUCAUGAGAGAGACUUUGAGAAUGAGUCUGAAACCUCAGAUUCUAAGAUGUUCUACCGUGAUGACAUGAUGGAGGUGGAGGAACAGCAAAAACACAGUAGGGGUGGAAAUAUUCUGGACAAGGAACAGGAAGAAGAUGGUAGUGAAGAGGCCCACUUGAAGAAAGAGAUGGAAGAUAAAAACCAUUCUUCACCCUCCCCUCACCAGCCCCCCAUCAAGAUUAAGGAAGAACUCAAUGAUCCCACCUAUGACAUGUUCUGCAUGAGCCAGUAUGGCCUCUAUAAUGGAGGCAUGGCAGCAGCUGCUGCCGCUGCUGCAAGUAUGGCAGCUCUGCAUGAGAGCUUCAUCUCUUCAAUGGGCUAUGGUGCAAGCCCACCCAAGUUCCCCUCCUCACAAUCACCAGAGGGAGACCUAUGCUCAAGCCCUGACCCCAAGAUCUGCUACGUGUGUAAGAAGAGCUUCAAGAGUUCCUAUAGCGUGAAACUGCACUACAAGAAUGUGCACCUCAAAGAGAUGCAUGUGUGUACUGUGGCCGGCUGCAACGCUGCUUUCCCCUCCCGACGGAGCCGAGACAGGCACAGCUCCAACAUCAAUCUGCACCGCAAACUGCUGACCAAAGAGCUGGACGACAUUGUCCUGGACCCCCAACUCACGCCACUGCCCAAGGACCUGCGAGCUGAGUUCCUGGCAAAGAUCUACGCUGGGCACCACAUGGGCGUGGACACUAUGGCCGGGAUGGGCAUCGGAGGCGCUAACCUGGGGCCCACUGGGCUGAACCGCGAUGCCAGUUCCCCCGCAAGCAAUGAGUAUCCCCAUCACCCUCUCAACCAAGGCCUCCAAAACCAACAAACCAAUGGCUUCUAUCGGGGCCAGCCAGAUGACUACAUGGUGCUGGACCUGAGCACCACAUCCAGCGUUCAGUCCAGUGGCAGCAUCCACUCCUCACAUGAGUCAGACGAGGGCAGCGAUGAGGGCAUCCUACUGGAUGACCUAGAGGAGGAGGAGGGAGAAGAGGAUGAGGAGGAGGGCAACAGUGAGGGGGAGGACUGCUCCCGGCGUGCCGAAGGGCAGGCUGAAGGAGGGCAUCGGGAUGAGACUGGAGAACUAAGACAAGGAGAAGGACGAGGUGAGGGGUUGGAACCGUCCUCCUCACCAAUUCUCCUUUCGUCCACUGGGGGCAGUAAUGGUGGCAGCAGUGGGAUCCUCUGCAACAUCUGCCACAAAAUGUACAGCAACAAAGGGACCCUGCGUGUGCACUACAAGACUGUGCACCUGCGCGAGAUGCAUAAGUGCAAAAUCCCUGGUUGCAACAUGGUGUUCAGCUCUGUGCGCAGCCGUAACCGACACUCUCAGAACCCCAACCUCCAUAAAAACAUGCCCUUCUCCACUAUUAUAGACUAAAUAAUGACUUACUAUGUUACCCACCUGUCAGUCUGCCCGCUCCGCCCUUCAUCCUCACCCUAGCCUCCUCCUCAAAUCAGCUAUCAACCCUACCCUUGGGCCAUCAAAUACAAGCUAAAUGCCUGUAUGCCUCCUGCGCAUUUUCUGUAAUCAUUGUCCCACAUUUCUCUGUCCCCUCUAUUAAAUUCAUUUACUUUAAACACAAUUUAUCAUUGUUUUCCACCUCUCGUUUUUGACUUUUGAUCUCUCCUUCUUUGGAAGAACAGGAUGACGCACUUGAGCAUGGAGUUCGCAAACAACUCCACCAUAUUCCCAGAAGCCCCUCCCUCUUUCCUUUCAAACUUCCCCCUACUUUGUUUUUAAUGUCCAUCUCCAAAGAAUCUAUUCAAACUCUUAUUUGUGACUUUGCCUGCAGAAAUGAUAGUAUUGAAAAAAUGAAAAUCUUCUUGUUGUAUUUGUGUAAUGAUAGCUUUUAAAGGAACCCCUUACAAGAGCAUGACAACUUCAUUUGUAAAUAAUGUCCCAAGAGGCUUUUGGUGUAAAAGAGUUGUGUUGAUGGUUGUUCGCUUCUUUUUUUUUUUCUCUCUCUCUUUAUGGUUUUAUGUUACAGUCCAGUACAAUACUUCCAGCUAUAGGCAAGAAAGAGGUAGCAUCUUACUAGCUUGACUCAUUUAUGUUAGCUUCAAAGACACAUUUUAAACUGAGACCUAGGAAAAAAAGAAUAUCAUGUGACUUGUUUUAUCUACUUGUUAGAUAUUCAGAGGUUGCCGGCAUGCUUUUUUAGGCUCCUACACUGAUAUCAUUCUCUGUUCUUCUAUUGAUUUUUGUCUGUUAUGUUUAUUAGCUUUAGUAUACCGAUUCAGUUUUUGCACUUUGCAUCUAUACAAGGGGAUGUGUAAUAUUAUUAUAAUGAGGACUUUUGCAAUGGUGAGUUCUGGUGUUGUUCGGGGUCAUUGACGGCUACAGUGCCAAGGGAAAUGACAGUACCUUCAACAUCCUUGUGCCAGUUUUUUUUUUUUUCUUUUUCUUUUUUUUUUUUUGCACGUGCUCAGAUUUGAACACUACUUCAAAACCCAACAUCUCCCCCAUCUCUCCAAAACGUAAUCAGAAAGUGUCUCCAAAGUAUUUUGCUUCAAAACAGAUCCAGUGCGUGACUGAAUAUAAACUGCUGUUAUAUCAACGCAGAGAAUUUAAGUAUUGAUGAACGUGUCUUUUUUCCUCUUUUGUUUAAAGAGUAAUUUGCAUAUGGUUUCCAGUUAUUAUCACAAUAAUUAGCUCAGAGGUUUAGUGGGGUAAUCUUUCUAUUGCAUGUAAUUAUUGUGACAUGGUCACACAUUAAUGCAAGAGCUGAUGCUUGUUCUCUAACAGAGUAAAAAAUGAAAUGGGCAUCUUAAUGAAAUGUGACUGUCCCAUGGAUUUGAAAAAAAGAGAGAAAAUAGUCUUUCAACUGUGACCAAAACAAAAGUGUUUGCAUAAGAAAAACUCUUUCAGAAUGAAAUUGUACUGUAAUUAUACCCCAUUGGUUGAUAUGAUGCACUUGAGUCUUAAAUCUUUUGCUGUGAUAUUUUAGGUAUCGGUUUCCAUUGCUGAGUGUCAGCUACAAAUGUGCUCUGUGAAAAAUGUUGCCAUUUUCCUGGCUGUUAGUUGCAGCCAUUUUAAAAGUGUCCAUAACUAUCUUAAGGUACAGAUGUUUCCAGUAACUGGGCAAAGUAGCCAAGGGAAAGGGGUAUUUAUUGGUGGGUGAUGUAUCUUCAUGGAGGUGUUUUUUGUCCAGUAUGAGAAUAUCUUUUGUAAAAAGACAAAAAAUAGAGAUUGUUCCUCAUUUUGACUCGUUUAUCAAUGUGUUAGCAAUGCUAUGUGUUACUAUACAAGGAGAGCUUCUCUUACUUGACUGGUGCUACACACCGAGGGAAAAAUAUGCAGUGUUAUGUGGUAUGCUGUACAGUAUUCACAACUAACAUCGAUGACAGUGUUGAAUUCCAUUUGUUUCAUUACUCAAGCCAUUUUUCAAUAUGGACAUGACCUAUGCCAGUGUAACUCAAAACUCCAACUCUAAACUAUCUCAUGUGUCUUUUCUUGAGAGUCAACCUACAGGAAUCAUACAUUUUUCAGUCCUCUCUUUUUGGGGAUAAAGAAAGAGAGCGAGACAGAGAGCUGAGGCUGAUGGAAAGGGUUGCGGAGGUGGAAGGCUGACUAGGGAGGAAAGGAUGACAGAAACGAUCAUUAAAAAUGUGCUGCUUCUCCGUUACCUGGAGGCGUCCCUGCCAUUCCAGCCUCAUCUGUCUAAUAACUCACUUGUCACUUCAUUACGCUGCCAGACGACAGGGUUGCUGACAAGACUGUGACACCGACAGCAAGAGAAAAAGAAGGAAAGAGGGAGUGUGUGCUCUAAACUACUCCUCCCGACCCAGCCCUCUUGCACCUCUUGUAAUUGAAUUAAAUUCAGUUUGAUUCGAUCCGAUUCAAUUUGAUGUAAUUCUAUUCAGUUCAGUUCAGUGUGGCUCAGUUCAGUUCCGCUCAAUUCAAUUUCUCAUGCUCAUUCUUUUUCUCUCUUUCUCUGUCUCUCUCAGAGCACAGUCGUUUAACAACCCCCUUUCCCGUUCCUUCAACCCGCCACUCACUUACCACCUCCACACCCCACAGCGCAGGUCCUACAGGGACACACACUAAUAGUGUAUGCUUAAGUUCACCGGACGGCCAUGGCAUAGGAAAAAGGGAUGGGUAAUUGCCUGUUUAUCCCAAGUGAAGGGAAAAUUGAGUACAGGAACCCCUGGCUUCUCCCAGGAGUGGGUUUCACUGAGGCGCUUGCUGCCUCAUUCACUCAUUCAAUCCCCCCGGCCCUCUCUCUGGCUGAAAUAAAAAAGUGCUACUCCAGGACCCCUGCUGACAGCUGUCUCUCUCUAACACACACACAUACACACACACACAUGCAUACACAUGCCCACAUAAACGUGCAUGCACAUGCACGUGCACAGAGAAGACAGGCGCACAUUCACAUACACUUCCCGCUUACAGACCAGAAAGAUGACAGCAACUAGAUGACUGGUUAACCUUCGGUGAUGGAGGAGACAGGGGUAGAGAAAAAUAGAGAGUAUUCUCAACACAGGAAAUGAAACUCCCCAUCUAGCAUUAACAUUAUAGCCCCUGCCACUACGGAGUGUGCUAACAUUUCAUUAGGGAGAAGGGUGUGAGUUCGACAGGAAUGGAAAGUGCUAAGAUCUUUUUUUUUUCUUUUUCCAACUUGUUUAACAGCUAAUGGCUUGAGUCAUUUUAUUUAAAAGGGCAGUGUUUAGAAACAAAUGAAGGAACCUAUUAGAAAGGCCAACACAUGUUUUGAUUCAACUCUCAGUAUAUAAAGGCUGAGAAUUAUGAGGGCUGUAUGCACCCAACAUAUCAAAAGUCACCCUAAUAAAUGUGCUUUGGCUGAUAACCUCAGCUUCUACGCCCCAUUUGAUUAGAUCAAAAAUAUGUCUUAAGAAUUUUUUUUUUUUUUGAGACUCUAACACAUUCCUCAUGUCCCGCCCAAAACUAUCCGUUUCUCAAGCAGCAGCAGCUGCAAUCCUUGACCUCUCUAUUCUAUCUGUUCACUUGUGUGUGCCAGAGAGAAAACUGAACAGCACAGAAUAGAUUCCCUUUCUCUUACCUCCUACUGGCUCUGUCUUUCUCUCUCCCCUGCACACCACUGGUCAUGCCAGCACAGCACUAGAGCUCUGAGCUCUAAGAGGUUGUAAAUAGAGUCGAGAAAACUACCCCAACACGCAACAGACUGUCCAGUAUAGCCAGGGAGACAGAGGGAGACAGAGGGAGAGAGAGUGAGAGGGAUGGCGGAGAGGGAUUGGGCUAUGAAAGUGGUCUGGCUGGAGCCUUGCGGCAGUCACUUAACAAGGCAGGGGAGAACGAGACGAACAUAGGGAGAAAGGAGAGCUAGAGAGCAGCGGGCCCAAGACUCCCCAGGACUCAACGCCAGCUUCUUCUUGAUUGCCUGCUGGAGAGCGAUGGAGCCACCCCUCACAUUUCCACUCCUCUCCCCUACACUCUGCACUCCUCUGAGAAAUGACCACCAAUUUUCUCCUCUCCUCAGAGAGAGCCCCCGAUCCAAUCUUCCUCUUUCCCUCUUCUUCAGCCUCAUGGGUCCUGGGGCAUUCUGCUGCCCGGUGACCAGGCUAUUGGGACCAUUACAAUCUGAGUGGGUCCCCAGGAGCACAUCUCUUUUGGGCUCCUCACUGGCCCAGCCUGCUGGAGUGAAUCUUUAAUAUUUGAUUAGAAAAGCGUCAAGCAUCAGUUAUUCUAUAAUUCUCCAUAAUACACAGAGACAGAGAGAGAGAGAGAGAGAGAGAGAGGAUGGCAAAAGGUUGUGGCCACUGAACUGUUAACCAUUGCCCACUUUGUGAAAGUCACUAAGUGAGCGAGUACAAUAGGUGUAAGCAGAGAGGAUGGGAGGUGACGCUGCAUGCAAACCGUCCGAAUAGGGUAGCUCAUGGAACAAAAUGGGAUUCAAACGAUUGUUGGAGCACCAUAAGAAACAUACAGAAAGGUGGGUUUGUAUAGAUGCUUCAGUCUUGCGUGAUAUAUAAAAAACAAAAACAAAAAAAAAUUACCCUCAAAUUUGAACUGGAAACCGUGACAUAGCAAUGAUUCUGAAAAAAAAAGCAUUACUGCAAAGUCAAAUUGCUCAAAACUUAAUGUUUUAUGUCAUGCCAAUCAUAUUUUAUAGUCUUAAAGUAUAAAGCAGCUUAAGACUUUGUGAAUUUUUUUUUUUUUUUUUCACUUGUGUUUCCGUGUAUCCAGUACAUUUGUGUUUGUGUCAUAAAAUGCCUGUGUUACCGCAUUGACACUCAACAGCAUAGCAUGGCUACAUAGUCGCACUGCAAAGAACAAACAGAGCAGAGGAGUUUGCAUCACUUUGGUGUCAAAAUUAUGAUUUGGAAGCCUCAUGAAUACUGUAUGUAACCUAAACAGGUGUUUCCCAUUUCCAGACAGGAGGAAAACAUUGGUCCUCUUUUUUAAAUGGUUCUUUUUCUUUUUUCUUCCUUUUUUGCUUUUCUUGUAUUUGUUUCUGUAUCAUAACUGUCUAUGGUUUUUGCAUAAAAUGCAUAAGGGUUUUGGGAUGUAAAUGGAAUUUUAUUCAUAUUUUGUCCAAAUACCUCUUGUAAUUUGUAUCAGAAUUCUUGUACAAUUUUUAUAUUAAAGAUUU